AUGUGGCUCCGCCGGUCUUGUCUGUCUUCUCUGGCGCGCGCGCGCUCGAGCCAACGCUUAUUUACCCAACGCAAUGCACCCGUGCUGGCACACACCUUUUCCACGGAUUACUCUGCUGUCACGGCUGAAAACAUCCGCAAUGUUGCCAUUGUAGCCCACGUUGAUCAUGGCAAAACGACGCUGGUUGACCAGCUUCUCAAGCACGGUGGUACUCAACUAUCCGAAGAGCGCGUCAUGGAUUCUAUCGACCUUGAGCGCGAGCGCGGCAUCACGAUCAUGUCAAAGUGCACGCGCGUCGAAUACAACGGCCAUGUGCUUAAUAUCGUAGACACACCCGGCCACGCUGACUUUGGCGGGGAGGUCGAGCGUAUUUUGAGUAUGGUGGACGGCGUGGUCUUGGUCGUGGAUGCUACAGAAGGGCCCAUGUCCCAAACCAAGUUCGUGCUGACUAAGGCGCUGCAUCGCGGCCUCAAACCUCUAGUUGUUGUCAACAAGGUGGACCGUGACACUAGUCGCCUGGACGGUUCGGUGGAGAACGAGCUCUUCGACAUGUUCGUGGCUCUUGAUGCCGAUGACGAUCAGCUGGAAUUUCCUGUGCUUUAUGCUUCUGCUAAGCAGGGCUGGGCCGUGCACGACCUUGACAACUCGGACGAGUCGCGGGACAGCAUGAUGCCGCUCCUGGAUGAAAUCACGCGCUACGUUCCUUCCCCUGAAGCCAAUGCUGACAAGCCGUUUGCCAUGGCUGUUACCAUGAUUGGCCACGACCCGUACGUGGGCCGUCUGGCCACUGGUCGCGUUCACGCUGGAACUGUCAAGAUUGGCGAUUCUAUCCAAGUGAUGAAACGCGAUAGCAAGAAGCUCGAGACCGGCCGUGUUACGAAGAUGUUUGUCACACGUGGUGUUGCCAAGUCGGAGAUCACGUCGGCCACGGCUGGUGAUAUCAUCACCAUCGCUGGUGUCAACGCGUACGUGUCCGACACGAUUGCCGAUGUUGCAGUUACGGAGCCCAUUCCGUCUCCGCAGCUGGACCCUCCCACGAUUUCCAUGACGUUUGGUGUGAACGACGCGCCGACCGCAGGCAAGGAGGGCAAAUUUCUCACGUCUUCUCACAUCAAACAGCGUCUUGAGCGCGAGUGCGAGAACAACGUUGCCAUUUCCAUUUCUCCCAGCGCGUCGUCCGAAGCCUUCGACGUCCACGGUCGUGGUGAACUUCAGCUCGCUAUUCUGAUUGAAGAAAUGCGCCGCGAGGGCUUCGAGAUGGCCGUUUCAGCUCCCCAGGUACUUUUCCAGACGGACCCGGACACAAACCAAAAGCUGGAACCCAUCGAAGAAGUGACGAUCGAUGUUGACUCCGACUUCUCCGGUACGGUUAUUGACAAGCUUUCAACUCGUGGUGGUGAAAUCAUUGAGUUCAAGGAGAUGCACGACAAAGUGCGUCUUCAGUUCAAGAUCCCUAGUCGUUGCCUUAUGGGAUACCGCAGUGAGUGGUAUCUUGAACUCGAUUUUUCACGGUUACUCCCCGUUCCAGGGCACGGCAACCCCUCCAUCGAAGGGCAAGCUCAUCUCCUCGCGUAUGCGCUUAACUCGCUGGAAGACCGCGGCGAGAUGUUUGUCAAGCCUGGCGACGAGGUUUACGAGGGCAUGAUCGUUGGCGAGCACAGCCGCCCCACGGACAUUGAGAUCAACCCCACCAAAGAGAAGAAGCUCACGAAUAUGCGCGCUGCCGGCACGGAUGAGAACAUCAAGCUGUCUCCCAUCCGCCAGAUGUCGCUUGAAGACGUGGUUACCUACAUCGGUGAGGACGAGAUGAUCGAUGUGUCCCCUACUAAGAUCCGCAUGCGAAAGCGUGAGCUGACCGCCAACGGCCGCAAGCGGAUGCAGGGCAAGAAAAAGUAA